AUGACCCUUGUUCUUCGUUAUGUGAACAAAGAAGGAAUUAUUAUAAAGCGAUUCCUUGGUAUUGUACAUGUAGCAAGUACUACCGCUUUGUCACUCAAACAUGCUAUUGAAUGUUUACUUUGUAAAUAUAAUUUGAGUUUAUCGAACCUACGUGGGCAAGGUUAUGACGGGGCUAGUAAUAUGCAAGGUGAUAUCAAUGGUCUCAAAACUUUAAUUUUGAAAGAGAACAAGUCAGCAUUUUAUGUCCAUUGUUUUGCUCAUCAACUUCAAUUGACACUUGUUGCUGUUGCUAAAAAUCACAUUAACAUUGCUGAAUUUUUUUAUGUGGUUCGUAAUUUAGUAAUUGUUGUUGGAGGCUCUUGCAAGAGACGAGAUGCUCUUCGAGAUACACAAUUUGCCAAAAUUAAAGAAGAUUUAGAUAAUGGUGUUCGUAGAAGUGGGCAAGGUUUGAAUCAAGAGACAAAUCUUAAACGUCCUGGUGAUACACGUUGGGGAUCAUAUUAUGGGACUAUUCUCAGCUUGAUUUUGAUGUUCUCUGCUGUUGUUGAUGUACUAGAGAUUAUUAAAGAAGAUGGCCUCUCCGACCAAAAAGUUGAAGCUCUCAUAUAUAUGCAACUUCAAGAGCUUAACAACCGCUUUUCUGAGGCGAAUACCGAUUUGCUACUUUGUAUGGCUUGCUUGAAUCCAAGUAAUUCAUUUGUGGCUUUCGAUAAGGAAAAGUUGAUACGUCUAGCUAAGUUAUAUCCCUCUGAUUUUCUUGGGACAGAUAUUUUGGCACUUGACUCUCAACUGCAGAAUUAUAUUUUUGAUAUGCGCAGCAAUGACUUCUUUUUAGAGCUUCAAGGAGUUAGUGAACUUGCUGAAAAGUUAGUGAGCACAAGAAAACACGAGACUUAUCCAUUAGUCUAUUUGCUAGUGAAGCUAGCUUUGACCUUUCCAGUUGCUACUGCAACAAUAGAAAGAAGUUUUUCAACAAUGAAAUAUGUAAAUAAUGAACUGCGUAAUUGA